AAACCUGCAAUGAAAGGCACCAUGACUUCGUGGACACUGUCAGUGAACCUUCCUGUUCCUAUAAUAGCAGGCAUGUCCGCUGGCGUUCCCCAACAUAGGAAUAACAGUAUGUAUUUCAAACAGGUAUCGAUAUCAGAGUAUAGACGGCGUACCGAUCUUCCACCCGGGUACCCAGACAGAAUGUCCUGACUCAGGAGCCAAACACCAGCCUCCUCAACGGGCCAAGUCUACGAGAUCGUCUACAUCGAGGAACACGUUGAGAAAUCGGCGAUCCCAAAGCAUGGAUGUCUCGAGAACCCACGCCGUUUCUAUCGCGAGUUCCUCAUCAACACAGAGCGUCAACGUCCUACCUCCGCCGGCGCCAUUCUUUGUCCGGAAUGGACGGCGGUAUCCGCGCGAUCGCCCGAAUCCACUGCCAUGCGACUUGGCCGAGCUUCAGCGGCAGAACUUGCGAACCAUGCUGGUCUCUUCGGUUUUGGGGAAGCCAAUUUGCUGCCCACCGCGAUUCCUUCCGAAGACACAUCAACUGCGAAUCCUGGACAUCGGAUGCGGUACGGGUUAUUGGAGCUAUUUGAUACACCAGCACCUCGUCUCCUCUGGAUGGAAAGCGCCGUCAUUCAUCGGCCUUGACACGGCCCAGUCCGCGCCGGAUCUUGGCAAGCAAGGCAUGGACUGGAGAUUCGUGGCGCACGAUCUUCGCCGUCCGUUGCCGUUUUCCGACUCCCAAUUCGACUUAGUAAUCAUGAAGGACAUGUCGUUAGUCACCCCCGUCGGUGAAGGCACGCAGCAACUCCUCGACGAAACUAUCCGCGUCCUCAAGCGCGGCGGCGCGUUGGAGAUUUGGGAAUGUGACCACGCGAUCCGGUGCCUUCAACUGGACCACUCCGCUUCGUUCUCUCGUACCAGCGAGGAGGAGCUCACGCAAGCGAAGAAAACCGCGACGUAUCCCAUCAACUCGGCAACAGUUUUCGGGGAGCCACAGAACACAUAUCUCCACCAAGCCAGCGCUUGGAUCGAAAAUAUCUUGGACGCGCGAGGGCUCUCGGCAACGCCCGGAUCGCGAAUGACAGCCGCCCUUCUCCAAGAGCCGGACGAUCUCUGCGAGAUAGGGUUCCGGCGCGUGGCCGUGCCGUUGACGGAAACGAGAUGGGAGCGAGAAUCCGGUAUCGACUGGGAAUCGAAGAUAUUCCCAGACCAAGAGCAACCCACCAAGGACCAAGGAGAUGAAGUGCAGAGUGUCUUGACGGACGAACAAGCCGCACUGCGAGCCACGGCGUUGAUGACGGUGGUGCAGAUACUGGAAGGGCUGGAGCCGCUGCUUACGGAUCUUAGCCGAAAGAACGCGGAGGAAUGGGCGCGGUGGUGGUCGGGGAUGAAGGGAAAUCUCCUGCAGGGACGCGGUGCGGAACAUGGGGAAUGUCUGGAGAUUGGGGCUUGGUGGGCCAGGAAGCGAUGAUGAUUUACGUGACAAGAGACGAAAGGGAUGACGGCAUUUCGCAGUUUCUAAACACCCCGACCAGGGCUGUACGGUUCAUUUUUCUUGGGUUGCGUGGUCUUCGAUAGAAUGCAACGGAUCGGGGGUGGGGGUUUCAUAGCGUUG